AUGCGACUCAGGGAUUCGACCCUGUUCCACCUGAUCCUCGGUGCUCUGCUGUGUUGCGACUGCUAUGUGAUUCGUCGCCUCAACGACGCUGCCAGCGCAGUGUUGGCCUUCGAUCGGCCAUAUCACACAUGUGGUGAUGGCAACGGUUGUGGAAGGAGGCGAUAUGGAGCACAUCGGCUGGAAGCUUUGGCUGCAGAUGCAGACUCCCUCCAAACGGCGCUGGACGAAACCGCCAUAGAGAACACCCUGAACCUGCCUCAUACAAUCUGGCCUAAGCGAAAGCAUUUCAACAAGGCGGCUAUUGAGCGACAGGUACGCAUCCAGAAGUUCUGGAAGGAUCACGACAUUUAUCGCCUACUCCUGGAAAGACGUCUGUCUAAAUUCGAGGGGAAGGGGCUUUCCGACGCCAAAGUGUCAAAGCGCACAACCGUAAUUCUGGACGGGCCGCCUUACGCCAAUGGAUCUGCGCACUACGGGCACUUCCUUAACAAGACCAUCAAGGAUGUCCUGCUACGGGCUGCAUUGCUCGACGGUCGUCUGGCGCUAUUCCUGCCUGGUUGGGAUUGUCACGGUAUCCCAAUCGAGUCAAAGGUGCUGGGAUCAAGUGAUUACGUGUUAGGGGAUCUGCGCAGAGGUUUGACGGAUGCCGGAGUCCCCCGAGCAGUUGAGGUGCGGCAGCGCUGCAGCCAGGUUGCCACCAAGUCGAUUCAGUCUCAGAUGUCUUCGUUUGAAAUGGCUGGCGUCUGGGGAUUUUGGAAGCAAUUUUAUGCAACGUAUCAUUACAAUUACGAACUGCAUGUAAUGAAAGCGUUCAAGGAGCUCCUUCAGCGGGGAAUCAUCUACCGGGCCCGCUGCCCUCAGCACUACAGUGCGAAGUCCGGUUCCGUACUGGCCGACUCCGAACUAGUUUCAGAAGUUAGGGACGUGUUGACUGCACUUGUAGGGUUUGAGCUGGUGGAUCCGGAGCCCGUUUUGCAAGCACUCGACUUCCACAGGCCGCUCAUGGACGUUCGCCUAGUGUGCUGGACCACGCUCCCUUGGACGCUCCCUGCUAACAGGGGCGUGCUGUUGGAUUCAUCGGUGGAGUACGACGUGUAUUACGCCAAUGGAAGUUUGUAUGUGCUAAACAACAACGAUAAGUUCGGACUGUUCGAGGCGAAGCAGCAUGUGGGUCGCGUGAAAGGUGACUUGUUACUAGGGUUGAACAUCAUUAACCCGGUUACUGGCGCGCAGUACAAGGUGCACGACCAUGCAGGUAUUAUUCGCGACAAAGGCACGGGUAUAGUGCACGCCGCUCCGGCCCACGGCAUGGUCGACUUCAGGCUGCUGACGUCCGCUGGGGAGCACCAGGUGUCCGACACCUACGUCCGCGAUCCCAACGCAAUCUGCAACAUUAUCGACGAAAAAGAGAAGUUCUACCCAAACCUACAUUGGAUGCUAGAGGGCCUUAGUAUCCACGACAUUGAUGAGGAGCGGCUCAGUUCUCUGCUCGGAGCCUCGCUGCUCCAGGCGAAGAUAGAGCGCCUUCCCAUUGACGUCGACUGGCGUUUUGGCAAUCGGGCACACGUGAGGCUCACUAAACAGUGGUGUCUCAUGUUACGCGGGCGUAAGGCGUGUUUAGAGCGGCUCGAUGGCAUCAAGAUGUAUCCUGCAUCAUCACGUAACUACCUGCAGAGCAUUAUCACCCACAGGACACAGGAUUGGUGUCUGAGCCGUCAGCGUAUUUGGGGCACGCCGAUUCCAGUGGCGUAUGUAGAUUCAAAGGCCAUCGAAAACCCUGAUAUCGCAAAACUGUGCAACCUAACAGAACGGUUUGAAGAUGCUGGCCAAGGGGAGUACCGUGCGGAGGUCGAUAUUGAAACGCUGCCACCAUACGACUUAGGUGAUCGUGUAUUUCGUAAGUUGGACUUUAGAACCGACACUGUGGACAUCUGGUUUGAAUCCGCUCUGGCUCAGCGCGUGACGAUGGAUCGCCUCCGCUCUAUCAUGUCUGAAAUGUCUCGCAAUAUCGCGGGACAGAACCGUUACACAUUCCGAGGCAUUGUUCCAGAGUAUGCCGUUGAAGGGCCAGACCAAUUUCGUGGUUGGUACCAGUCUUCACUGCUGUUGAACACACUGCUGGGCAGUGGUGAUGAAGAUGAAGCCAGUGCCACUGAGGCGGGCGGUGUUCUGGCUCGUCGUAUCAUAACUCACGGUUUCGUUAACGACGAUAGGGGCAAUAAAUUCUCGAAACGACAUCAAAGCGGUGCACAAAAUGGUGACAAACAAGGUAAAGAAGUUUCACUUAAUAUAAUUGGCCAGGCACAUACCAAUGAUGUGUCGCCCCAAGACAUAAAGACUUCUGAUAUUUCUUCACUUGAGCAACCGAAUUCAAAGGUCAACUCUGAGAACUCAAGCAGCGAUUCAUCACAAAGCGAAACAUAUGGAAACAAUGGCCAUCAAUCACCUGAUUUGCUCAGGGCCUCGAAAAAUCCAACCAACGCCCCCACAUCCGUAGAUCUCACCACCAUGCUGGGUGGAGAAUACUAUGAAGAUUUGCAGUUACUGGAUGUGUAUGCCCCACAUUGUGUUGGGGCGGAUGUGCUGCGGCUGUGGGCUUGCAGCAGCGACUUUCUACAGAAGGACAUCCAGUUGAACGAGGAUAACCUCGGUGAGGCACUGGAUUUUGCAAAGAAGGUGUCAAACUUUUUCAAGUACGCCAUUGGCGUAACCCAUGAUUGCAAGAUAACCAACGACCAUUGCCGAAUAAAAGUAGAGCGCUUCAACGGUUUGGACAUACACUUCUUAAAGCUGUCGUUCAACUUGGUGCGCGAUGCACGGCAUUUGUAUCGGGUUGGCAGCUUUCACAAAAUAAUUCGAGAACUUGAGGUUUUCCUUACCCGCCUGUCGAACAUUUACAUCUCUUACAGCAAGGAUCGGCUGUACUGUGAUGUCAAGCAUGGCUGGAGACGCACUUCUGCUCAGAUUAUCCUUCGAAAAAUCAUGCGCAAUGUGCUUGGUGUAGUAGCGCCCCUUAUGCCGCACAUGGCUGAAGAUGUACACCAGAGCUUGUCGCAUACACAGAUUCACGUCAAGCGAAGCGACAUGAAGUCGGUCCCAUCCGUGUUCGGGAGCCGUUGGGAACGCAUGCCUCCAUAUCUCGCUAAAAAUGAUGUUGCUGGUCGGGUAGAAUGGGCUCUAGAUUUGCGCAGCGUCAUAAACGCCUCAAACACGCGACGUAACGAUCAGAAGCUCGUACUUGUUUGCGACAAUGAGGAAAUUCUAAAGAGCCUCUUGGACCUCGAAACCAACCUGCAAAUCGACCUCCGGUUGUUAACGGGGGUUGCCGAGGUAGAGAUGACUGUCGAUCCACCGUCUUACGAUGUAGGCGAUACUCCUAUGCGUGGGAAUGGAUACACCGCUUACAUCAUUCCUGCGGUAUUCGACAAAUGCAGGAGGUGCUGGUUGUACAGGGAAGAUGUUUCAGAGGGGUUGUGUGACAGGUGUAGUACCAUAUGUGGCCAUCCUAUCCCGGUGAAUCCCAUCAGCGAAGUCACGGCUCCCAAUGAUGACAACGAUGCUGUGAAUCAGGGUUAUGUGGUCGAGGAUGCCCCAUCAGAUAUAGAGGACUACCUAGCUGCGGUAUCAGAUGAUGAGGAAGCGGACGUUGAUGACGACACAUACGGAUACGACGAUUACGUUGAAGACGGCGUUGAGCAUGGCUAA